AAAGUAUCAAUCUUCCUGAACCGUUUCUUCUUUCAUGUUUCCUUUUUUGGCAAUUAAGUUAUGGACUCGGCGUUUGUGUACUGUAUGUAAUAAAAACAUAAUCUAUGCAACGUAAAAAGUGGACAUCGGUACCAUAUUGAGUGUCAAGUGUAUUGAGGAUAGUUAAAAUGACGGAUCCGAGAACGUCGUCAGCUCUUUUCAAGAGAGCCGAACAGUUGAAGAGAUGGGAGGAAUCUGAUACUAAUAAACAGUCAUCGACGCCGAAACGCGCGUCUAGGAUACAGUUUUCAUCGGGUAUCGUGUUUUUGGCGGCAUGUACUGCUGGAGACAAGGAUGAAGUGCAGAAAUUAUUAAAAAUGGGCGCUGAUAUAAAUACCGCUAACGUGGAUGGUCUUACGGCUCUUCAUCAGGCAUGUAUUGACGACAAUUUGGAGAUGGUAGAGUUUCUGGUGGAGCACGGAGCUGACGUAAACCGGGGAGAUAACGAGGGCUGGACCCCGCUACAUGCAACAGCUUCCUGUGGAUUUCUUAGUAUAGCUAGGUAUCUCCUUGAAAAUGGUGCAGAUAUUGCUGCCGUCAACUACGACGGAGAACUGCCAGUUGAUAUUACUGAAAGUGACAAAAUGGUUGAACUUUUACAAAAAGUUAUUGAUGAAAAAGGCAUAGACUGUGAAAAGUCUCGCACUGCAGAAGUAGAUACAUUGUUGAGCGAUGCAAAGAACUGGGCGGCCAACGGCUACAUCGAAGUAAGGGAUCCGAAAACUGGUGGUACUCCGUUACACGUUGCUGCAGCGAAAGGCUAUAUUGAUGUAGCCCAGACUCUCCUAGAAGAAUGCAACGUAGAGCCAGACUGUGUGGACUAUGAAGGGUGGACGCCGUUACACGCGGCUGCACUUUGGGGCAAAAAGGAAGCAGCAGCUUUACUGUUAAAGCACGGCGCCGACCCUAACUUGAAAAAUUAUUCGGGUCAAACUUGUAUGGACUUGGUAGAUCCGAGCAUAUCUUCAUGGUUAGCUGAAGCAGCACUAAAAGCACCUCGGCGUGUCAAUAACAAUAAUAACAAUAAUAAUAAGAGGAAGAGGAGUCCACCUCGGCACGAUGUUAAGAGAGUUGAGCUACAGAUCACUGGACAAACAGACAACAUUAUUAAUGAUAAGCCGCCCACAGCGCCGGAGAUAAUUCCUAAGAUCUCAGAUGGCAAACCACCUAAGGGUCGCGCGCCGUCGCCCGAGGCCACGGAACCAGUGGCUGACAAUACCUCUAUGGACGAAGCUCCGUCUUGGCGACGAUCUGCCUCAUUCCGAAACAGACAACAGGAUAAUAAUACAAGAGACAAUAAACCCGCUAAUAACAACUUGGACAAUGACACAAUACUAAGGAGGACUCACAGCUUUGAGAAUGAUAAGACGGAAGCAAAUACAUGGAACAUUCCAUCUACCACCAGUAGUACCACGGCAAAUGUGACUAAUACUACCACGACACAAACUAUAAGAAGGUCGUUCGUGCCUCCAGUGAGAGACGAGGAGAGCGAAACGCAGAGAAAAGCGCAUGCGAAGCGCGUCCGAGAAACAAGACGUUCGACACAAGGCGUGACAUUAGAUGAGAUCAAAUCCGCAGAACAGCUGGUUAAGAAGAAAACUGGCAACGGUACCACAGAGACACAAACGCCAGCGAGCGUCAAGAAAACAGAUGAUAACUCAAUCAUCAAUACGGACGCGCCUUCAGCUCGCAGCGUGGGCGGCGGGGACGCGGCGGUGACGUCAGCGCUGGCGAGCGCCACCGCGACCGCGACCGCGACCAUCGCGCCCAACAGUGAGCGGCGCCCAUCGUGGCGUCUGCGGCUCGAUCCCACCAACAAGUUUGAACUGGAGGACGCCGGGCGGUCGUCUCCUCGGACCACGGCUGCCGAGGCAACGGUCACGCUACCACUGCGACGUCCCUUCACCACUAACAACACCAGCCCAGUUACCACCGUCACUAAUUCAACUGUCAACUCGACCAAGGACGAGAGUCGUGCUGGCGAAGAGGAGAGGGAACGUGAGAGCAGUUCGGAGAGCAAGUCUUCAUCGUCUCCGGCGAGCACACAAGCGGCGCUCAACGUGAUCCAGCGCAGACGGCGACCAAAGCGACGCUCCACGGGCGUCGGGCAUGUUGAUAUUGAUGUGAUGAGGCCAGAGAGGAAAUCGCGGUCAAGUAGUAGGAAUAGUAAUCUUAAUAAAGAGCGAUCUCGUUCCCUCACCGAUCUUGACUCCGUUUCAGGGUUGAAUUCGCGGUCGUUGAGUUUAAAUUCAAUCGCUUCAGAUGGUUAUUGUUCUGGAAGCGAACGCACUGAAGAUAGUGACGAACGAGACUAUAAGGCUCUAUACGAAGCGUCGCAGAGUGAAGUACGACGUUUACGCGCUCUACUCACGACUACGGAGCAACAAUUGCGCGACGCUCGAGCGACUAUCACCAGGCUUUCACAAGUGAAUCAAAAUUCGCUUUCUGAAAUUGAGAAACGAGAGAAGAGAGCCAUGGAAAGAAAAUUAUCAGAAAUGGAAGAAGAAUUGAAGUUUCAGCAAGCGCUACAAACUGAAAACCAGAGAUUGAAGGAUGAAAACGGGGCAUUGAUUAGAGUGAUCAGCAAAUUAUCUAAAUGAGGGUUAAACGCUGAGGUCCCCCGGUCCGUGUUGUAGCAGUAGCCGUUCACACCUACACUCGUUUCCUAAAAACUAUAAUAGUUUGUAUAUAACCUUUGGGAACCUUGAUUGUGACAUGACAACUAAACGCUGAAAAACUUAAGUGUUUUGACUAAGAGUUUCCAGGACACUGGAUACUCGGAUUAUGUAUAUGUAUGUACAAAUAUGUACAUAUUUGUGUGCGAGAGUAAAAGCGACAUUAUUGAAACUGAUAAACUACUUUGACUAGGAUUUUACCGUGACAAAAACGUAAUGAAAACCGUUAUGACGGUAACUACUCACCACCCACAAGUAGUCAUAAUAUUUUGUAAUAUGGCAGCCAGUACUUAAGCAUGAAGUAAAUUAUGUAAGGCUUCAUUGAAACAGUGCGUGCAAUUUUGACAAACGUGUGUCAUAUCAACGUGUACGAUAUUUAAAAUCAAGUCGUUCCCGAGGUAGCCUUUGUGUUGAUAUUCGAUGUAUUCCUAAAUGAUUUAAGUGUAAAGUAGGUUAGCAUUGACACUUUUAUAGAGGGGUUCAUCGCCCAUCAUUAUUAUAUUAUUUAGUUGUAUGCAUCUCGAAUUACAUAUAUAUUUAAAUAUGAAAUUACUGUGUAAAGAAAUAAUUGGAAAUGUGAUAUAUUAACUUUUACUAAACGUUUGAAACAUUUUGUAGUUUUGACUUCAUUGAAGUUUGCGUGUGAACUAUUGUUUAUCGUAGAUGUGCAAAUUCAGUCAACGUUUUUGUUUAUCGAUUUAGCGUAUCUUGCACGUUACUGUAAUGUAAUGAAAUUUAUAUGUAAUUGUAAAACAGUUUUUAUAUAAUGUAAUACAUUUUUAUAAACACGCAAUGACGAAUGUUAUUGAGCUUUUAUGAAUAUAAUAAUUUAUUCGUAUUAACAAUUAAAUGUUACAGAUGUGUUUUAAUUAUUUUUACAUAUCGAAUAUUUAUGCAUUUCCUUCAAGGGAUCAUUGUACGGCGCAUCGACGUCUUCUUGAAAGCAGUAGCGUCUAUUUACGACUAUAGGUUUUAUAGCCUCGUUAUACAUUUGUGUCCAACUGUUGUGAACUUUCAGAUUUUUAUAUUUCGUGUAGUAUUUGUAAUGUUUCGAUAAAUGGAAACAUUUUUAUGUAAAAUUAGUCCACCUUUUUGUAAUUCUAAAUUUUUGUUCAUUAAAGUUUUUAUUUAUUUCCAGACAUACAAGUUAAACAAAAUAAACAUGUUCAUUGAUUUA